AUGGCUGCAGACGCUGUGGGCCAGGACCGCCAUAUCGUCAUCGUUGGUGAGAGCAGCUGUGGCGCAACACGACCGAUCCCCUUGUCCUUCUGCGCUGACGACCGGGGCCAUCAUCACAUAGGCGGCGGCGUCAUCGGGGCCACGACGGCCUACUUCCUGACCCGACAUCCCAGGUACGACCGCAGGCGACAUCGCGUCACGCUCCUGGAAGCGAGCACGAUCGCGGCGGGCGCCUCCGGCAAGGCGGGCGGGCUGCUGGCGCUCUGGGCGUAUCCGGACGAGCUGGUUGGCCUCUCGUAUCGACUGCACCGCGAGCUGGCUGAGGAACACGAUGGCGCCCGACGCUGGGGCUACCGCCGUGUGGGAUGCGGAUCCGUGCGGGCGACCGUGUCCCAUGCCGACCUGAAGCGGCGUGCUGCCGAGGUCGAGGCGAUACGGCAGGACGGGCAGACAGACAGACAAGCACCCGACAGCGCGCCACGGCCACACGAUCCGCCGCAGAAGCCGUGGGAGAAGCUGCCGAAGCAGGACGAGCACGCGGCCGGGCUGCUGUCGGAACCGUCGGCGCAGCUGCCGCCCGACCUCGACUAUAUCGAUGCGGCCGUGGUCGAGCACUACCAGCAGAUGGGCCAGCCCGAGACGGCCGAGACGGCUCAGGUGCAUCCGCUGCACUUCACGACGACCCUGGUUUCGUUGGCCGAAGAGCGUGGCGUGAACGUACGGCUGGGGGCGCAGGUACUGCGCAUCGUCGAGCGAGAGGCCGGCGUCGAGACUGUCGAGUACCUCGAUCGCAACACCCAGACCGAGGUACGGCUGGAUCACGUGACCGACGUCAUCGUGGCAGCUGGGCCCUGGACCGGCGUCGUGUUGCCACGCACAAAGGUCACGGGCCUGCGGGCACACAGUGUCGUCUGGCAGGCCGACGUGGCGCCGUAUGCCAUCUUCACGGACGUGGCACUGCCGGCCGACUACGUGCCGGAACAUCGGGUGCAGGCCGGCCAGCGACGACGACGCCACACCGGCCGGGUCGACCCCGAGAUCUACGCCCGGCCCUUUGGCGAGGUCUAUGCCUGUGGUGAACCUGACGUGGCCGUUUCGCUGCCGGCUACGGCUGAUCUCGUCGCUGUCGACGCUAUCCAGUGUGCUGAUCUCGUCGCCUAUGCUGGCACCGCCAGCUCGGUCCUUGCUGCGGCACCCGUCACCGUUCGCCAGGCCUGCUACCUCCCGCGCCACAUCCGCUUUGGCGACGAACAUGGCCCACUCAUUGGCCGUACGCGCACGCCCGGUCUCUGGGUGGCCUCGGGCCACACCUGCUGGGGCAUCCAGAACGGACCGGCCACGGGCUGCCUGAUGGCCGAGCUGCUGCUGGACGGCCGCGCCUCGAGCGCCAACAUCGACCGGCUGGAUCCCCGCAAGUUCAAGGUCUGA